GCAGUGUCUGGAAAUACUGCAUAUUUUUGAUACUGUAGCUGUCCACUUGUGGUUACUGCAACUUGAUUUGACCUCAAAGAUUGUGUGGUGGAGUGCCUGGAGGCUAUAUGUGACCUGCUUCUGCCAGCUGCUUUUCCUGAAGACCCUUCAUGAGGUGGCUGUGGCAGAGUAAAUGUUUUUGGUGGUGGCAGCAGCCUUGUUCCUGGAGCUUGUCAAUAAAACAUGCCAAGGACAGGUGCUAUUGGCUAUUCAUUAUGGCAGCAGCACUGGAUUCCCAUUCGUAGUGUUUCCUGGGUCAGCUCUGAAGUGGAUGAGACCUUGAAGUCAAAUCAAUUCCAGUUCAGUGUAUCUGACUUCCAGGAGGCCAUGAAACUAGGGACCUGUUGUCUAGCAUGUUUGUGCAAACUUGAAUGCUUCUGGAUUUUAAUCCAGGUGUCCAUCCUUUGCUUCUCAGAGCUGUGUGGAGAGUUGCACUCUUCCUGACAUGAUUUUUUUUAACACUAAAAAACUUUCUUCUCACAUCUGCACAAUUCCAAAGAGACUCCUUACUUAGCAUGUUUGGAGCAGAAUUUGGUCACUAUCAGCCUGAGCAGAGUCUUGACUUUAACCUCAGGUGGGAGAGACUGCUGUUUGCUGCAGUGAUGCUGCUGCACCAUCUCUGCACUCUUCUGAAUGUAUUGUCAGAAAUAGCUGGUGAAGUUCUUGAGUUGAUUCCAGGCUCUAGAUGCAGAAGGUGUGGAGAGAUCUGCCUGAAAGCACAUGUCAAGGGCAUCAAGGCUGGAGAGGGGCAGGUUUCCAGCAUUUCCUGCUCAGUUAACAGGUUGCUCAGUCAUCAUUGCAAGAUACAUGGCUGUCAAUUUGUACAGUGCAGACUUCUGGAUUAUAUUUGGGAGUCAAGUACCUGAAGGUAAUAUGAAAAUUAUGGCUGUUUUCCUACCUGUGACUAUAAAACUGCUUGUAACAGCAGUUUUGCAGAAGCCCCUUCCUGAUAUGCAGAAGGGAGCCUCUUUGUAGAUCCAGAUAGUGGUGUUCUGCAUGCUGAGCUCCACUGAGUAUUGGGACUGAGUCUUAGUGGGAAGGGUUCUUUGGUUUAAGGGCACUAGUUCAAGGUCACUGUUGUGGUUUGUACCCAACAUGACAAUAAAGGAAGAGCCCUGUGUCCACUCACUCGCCUCCCCCCUAUCCCCCCACUCUGGGAUGAGGAGGACAAAGCUCUUGGGUUGAGACAAAGGACAAGGAGGAUUUUUCACCCAUUAAGGUCCUGUGCAAAACAGACUCAAUUUGGGGAAAAAAAUAAUAAUUUAAUGUCACACUAAUCAAUGCCCACAGGACACAGACACACCCAGAGCUAGGCUCACACACCUCACCCCACCCCUCCCUUCUUCCCGGGCCCAAAUCACUUUGUUCUCGGUUUCUGUCCCUCAUUCCCUGCAGCAGCAUAGGGGGCUGGGGUUUGGAGUCAGUUCACAGGCUGGUGGUUCCUGCUGCUCCUUCCUCCUCAGGGAGAAGGAUUCCUGACAGUCCUGCCCUGCUUCCCCACAGGGUCCAUGGCACAGAGUCCUCCACCAACCUCUCCAUGAGUCCUUCCCACCAGGCCCAGAGCUGCCUGCAGAGUCACUGGGUCUUCCCCUGGCCUGGGGGCUUCCACAGCUGCAUCAUCUGAGGCCAUGGGCAGCAAAUCUGAGUCCACUCGCCACAAAAUCCAAGUCCACUGGUUGUGUUAAACCCUCCUGGCGCCUUCAGGGAUUGUUCCACGACGUUCCUCUCACCGUGGGUUGCAGGGAAGCUUCUGCUAGGGCACCUACUUCCCCUUCCUCCUCACCAACCACCAGCACUGCUCUGCCUCUCCAGCUCUGCUCUUCUCUUCCAGCUGCUGGAUCUGCUCAGCUCUUACCUCAGUUCUUUCGUAUGCUAAUGGCAGAGGUGCAUCUAUUGUCCCUCUAAUGGAUUUUUGGAGCAGGGGGAGCUUCUCAGCUUCUUACCAGAGCCCCUCCUGGGGUUCUUCCCUGCUACCAAAAAACCCACCAGAACAGUCAUUGUGCAAAUCUCUCCACUUCAUAGCUUGGUCUAAACACUUUGGAAAAAUUCACUGUGUGGCAUCAAUGAACUGUUUGCCUUUAUUAAGUGUUCAGUGUCUUGAGACUGGGGAUGGCUGAACAUGGGACAGCCAUAGGGCCUUGAAUGGGGUGAUACAUCAUAGGAUAUUUGUUAGUAAAUUCAAUAGAAGUAUAGCCUAAUAAAAGUUUACUAAAAUACUGAAUUUGCUAUACUAAGGGUUGCUUUUAAAACAAUGUACUUUGUGAAACUAUCAGUCAACGAUGCCAAGCAUCCUGUAGGUUGUGAUAACAUCAAGUCUUCUAAGAACCUGUGGCACCUACAGACAACCCACAUGUUGGUUCUGACCCACCUGGGCAACCUACCAGCAGGAGACUGGAGACAGGACCAGGACAAAGAUGACAAAGGACUAGAAUCAACAAAGACCCCCACAGGAGACCCUCGAGCAGGCAUAAUUACAAAGAUAGCCAAUUCCAGGAAAUAAAAUGACUCUGUAGAAGAAUUCUGGGAACUCAUUGACAUGGAACUGAAUAUGCAUGGUUUUGGUGUAUAUUAGUCAGGGUGUUUCACUGACUCGUCGGAGCACUCAUGGUGGAGAAGCCCCAGUGCUGCCCAGCACUGCAAUAAAGAAUGCCUGCUCAAUAACAGCUUGUUUGUUGUUAUUGGGUCUUGAUCUUGGAAUCCUUACCCAGCCGCACCAGCCUCCCACUGCGGUGAGGAGUGUUAGAAAGCAGGGGGGGCUGGAAGCUCCAAAAUUUUUGUUUCAGGGGGCUUGUCAUUCCCCCCACCUUUUACUAAAGUAUAAAGUUAAAUAUAUAUUAAAUUCUGCAAGUGAUCUGGAAUUUAUUAUUAAAGUUGAACUGAUAAAGGAUCUGGCUUUGGAGAAAUCAGUGUUGUGGGUUGUUUUUUUUUUUCCCAGUAGGUCUCAAGCUUUCAUAUGUUUUUGAUUCGCAAAAGUGGAAAGUACUGUAAUGGGUACUUUUUUUUCAAACAGGGUCUUUGUUCUUCUUCAACUUCCUGAUAUUUAGUCAGUGGUUAGAAAGGUGUUUCUUGUUCCUCCUUGUAGUCCAGGCUCUUUGUUUGGCUGACAGGUCCCCUCAUUUGCUGUAGAUGCUAGUGAAAUCUGUGGAUGUUGGGUUAUACAGCUCUCCUGCUAUUUCUGCUCUGAAAGCAGCAGGAAAGAUUGAAGAGCAAAGCAAAAGGGUAGAAAACACAUGCUAUUUUUAGGUCAAGAUAGGCUUAUGUUUCCCGAGACCUCAUGUAAGUAAAGGCUGCAUAAGGGCUGAGUUAAUUUUAACUGUCUGGCAGUCAACGAACAUGGAGCCUGCACAAGAACCAGAGGAGCUGGGACCUCAGACAGAAGCGAUUGUCGACACAACUCUUGAGGUUGGAGAGAGACUCUUUCAGGUCAGCCGUAGGGUGCUUUCAGAACACAGUCGUUAUUUUGAAGCCAUGUUUUUUGGGGGAGCAAGAGAGAGCUCUGAACACCACAUUGUGAUCAGAGGCAUCGAUGCUGCGGCUUUUCAGGCACUACUCGAGUUCACCCGCACAGCCCAAGUGCUUAUAGGUCAAGAAAAUGUGACCAGCUUACUAGAAACAGCUGAUUUUCUUCAGUUUGACAGGGUGAAAAUGUUGUGUGAAAAAUUUCUGGAGAGAGAGCUGCAUGUUUCCAACUGCCUGGGCUUGAUGACCUACUCACAGCAAUUUGCCUUUAGAGAGCUGUAUGUGUCUGCUCUGAAUGUGGCUCUUAGUCACUGGGGGGAUGUGAUGUGCCAGGAAGAAUUUAAGGCACUGCCCAAAGAAAUGCUGAUGCAGCUUCUAAAAAGUGAUGACCUCUUUGUUUCACGAGAAGAUCUGGUUUUUGACAGUAUUAUGAGAUGGAUAAUGGAGGACCCAGCAACAAGACAGGAAGACUUUCUGGAUUUGGUGGGUGAAGUCAGGGUCACUUUUCUGAGUCUGUCCUUCCUGGAUAUCUUGGUGAAACGCAGCAAGCACCCUGGAGACACAGAUACCUUUUCCAGGCUACUAAAGAAGUUAGACAGCUGUCCUCCACCCAGCUGGCAAAAUUUGGAACUGUGUCCUAAUGCUGGCCGGAGCUAUGACACCUUGUAUGUCCUGGGAGGAAAGCAUGACAAGGAACAGCAAGAAUUAUUUCUCUUUCAACCUAAAACGGGGACCUGGCUGGCUUGUUCUCCACUGCAGCGCAAGAACCUCACCCAGUAUGCACUGGCAGCAGUAGGUAGCUUCCUUUUUGUGACAGGAGGAUAUUUUCGAGAUGAAUUUGUGUGGUAUAGUGUGGAUUGGGUGCUUAUCUACAGCUGCUUAGACAAUAGGUGGCUGGAAGGACCUGCCAUGAAGAAGUCCCGCAAUAGCCACUGUGCAGUAGGAGCAGGGCUCUACCUCUAUGUACUUGGAGGGAGCACAGAUGAAGGGAUAAUCCCAGCAGUGGAGCGCAUGGCUUUGGUGGAGUCAGAGUGGGAAAACAUGAGUCCUAUGGCCCAACCUGUGGAAAGAGGAGAUGCGGUCAGUGUGGGAACCAGGAUCUAUGUGGUCUGUGGCCUGGAUGAAAAUGGACAUGUAUAUGAUGGAGUGCAAAGGCUGAACACAGAGACAGACAGCUGGGAUGUCAUCUCAUUCUCCCCACUUCCAAGGUAUGACCUCUGCAUCACAUCCCUGAAUGGUGCUCUCUACACCGUUGGAGGAGGAGCUUUUCGAUUUGAUGUGGAGACAGAUGAAUGGACCCAGGUGGAUGAGGAAUGUUUGACCCAGAAGUUCUUCAUGGGAUGCAGCACUGUGAAUGGACGAAUUUACCUCCUUGGACAGAGGAAAGGGAACAGUGCCCUCCCAGUGGUUGUCCUCUUUGAUCCCUAUGUUGACAUGUGCCAGGUCAUAGACAACAAACUCCCUUGCCCCCUUCCUAUUCAUGGGUGUGUCUCCAUGCGGAGAUUUGAUAUGUGGGCCUGAGUGAUGCCAGAUCCAGCAUCACCAAAAAGAAAGCCAUGUGCUUUACAGCCAAUGUGAGUCAGAUUGCAUCAAAUUUGGUUGGUGAAAUUUUUUAAUAUUGAAACUAGGUCUGUUGCUUUGUAAUGCCAUCUUUUUAUUUUCUACCUGGCAAAUUAACUUGAAGCAAAAGCCAGUGAAACCUUUGUGUCUACACUGAAGUUGCACAUCAUGAUUGGAAACAGUGGUCAGUGUCAUUCUGGUGCAUGAACUCCUCAAGGCUGAUGCUAAAUAAAGGGCUGCUCUGACCUUUAA